GUGCAUGUGUGUGUGCGUGUGUGUGUGUGCGUGCGUGUGUGUGUGUGUGUGUGCAUGUGUGUGUGUGCGUGCGUGCGUGUGUGUGUGUGUGUGCGUGUGUGUGUGUGUGUACGUGCAUGUGUGUGCGCGUGUGUGUGCUUGCAUGUGUGUGUGCGUGUGUGUGUGUGCAUGUGUGUGUGUGCGUGCGUGUGUGUGUGUGUGUGUGUGUGUGUACGUGCAUGCGUGUGCGCGUGUGUGUGCUUGCAUGUGUGUGUGCGUGUGUGUGCUUGCAUGUGUGUGCGUGUGUGUGUGUGUGUGUGUGCAUGUGUGUGUGUGUGCGUGCGUGUGUGUGUGUGUGUGUGUGUGUGUGUGUUUUGGCGCUGCAUAAUGACGAUGAAGAGUUUAAAAGAAGGACAUGAGUUGAGGACACAUUUAGCUGAGAGGGUUGGGUUAGUGGUGUGAGGGUUAGAGUCUGACCUGCUGUCAGGAACCUUUAAUAGAACUGGGAUGGUUUAAAAACCUCUGAUUCUUCAUACGAUUCCCAAUAAUCUCGUUUAUUUUUUUAUUAACUUCUAAUGAAUUUUCUCUUUUUGAUGAUGGCGAUGAAUUUUUCACAGGUGUCAUAUUUUACCUUCAGUGCCUACCUGGAUAUCGGGCCUUUGAAGUACGUUGUCUUUGUGUUAGUUCUUAUCCUGUACGUUUUAAUCGUUGGUUGUAACAUUCUGCUCAUCGUGGUGAUCUGUGUGAACAGGACUCUGCAUGAACCCAUGUACAUGUUUCUGUGCAGCCUGUUAGUGAAUGAGCUGUAUGGAAGUGCAGGCUUGUUUCCUUUCCUGCUGAUUCAGCUUCUCUCUGAUGUUCACACCAUUUCUGCUCCUCUCUGUUUCCUGCAGAUCGUCUGUAUUUACAUGUAUGCAAAUGUGGAGGUUUACAACUUAGCUGCCAUGUCUUAUGACAGAUAUCUGGCCGUCUGCCACCCUCUUCAGUACAACACACUGAUGUCCCUUAACAUGAUCGCCCGUCUGAUAGUUUUAUCUUGGUGUCUCCCUCUUUUUUAUGUUAUCAUAAUGACAUCACUAAGUGCCUCCUCUCAGCUGUGUGGAAAUAUUAUUGACAGGCUGUUUUGCAACAAUUAUUAUGUUGUAAAAUUAGCGUGCAGCAACACAACAGCCAGUAACGUUUAUGGACUUGUUUACACGUUCACCGUUCCCAUUGGUCUGGCUGUUCUGAUCGUCUACACCUACAUGAGGAUCCUCAGAGUCUGCUGCUCUGGUUCCGGUCAGACCCGGCAGAAGGCCGUCAGCACCUGCAUGCCACACCUGGUCUCUCUGCUAAACUUCUCGUUUGGUGUUUUUUUUGAGGUUUCCCAAGGCAGGUUCGACAUGAGUUACGUUCCACACAUCCUUCGGAUUAUUUUGUCUGUGUACUUUAUCACGUGUCAGCCGCUUCUGAACCCGGUUCUUUAUGGAGUCCAGCUGAGGAAAAUACGAAUGAGCUGUAAAACUCUUUUCUUUAGGAAAAAGAAUCUGGCUCCAUGAGGGGAGGAGAGGGGAGUGAAGCUCAAGUCGACAAUAAAUGAAAGCACUGAUAUUGUUCAUAAAGUGUAUGAAACUUUAAAUCUCUCUUUAGAUGUUUGUAAAUAAAUGUGUCAACAAUACAUUCUCUAUGGUCAUAAUGUUUUAACACAUGACAGAAUAACAUAAUUUAAUGGGUUUGUUAUUAUUAUUAUUGUUGUUGUCAAUAUCAGGCAAGGCAGCUUUAUUUAUAAAGCACAUUUCAAACACAAGGUAAUUCAGCGUGCUUUACAAUUAGCAUGAAAUGACACAACAACAACAACAAACAGGAGAACACAAAUUAAUUCAAUUCAAGUUUGUUUAUCAAGCACCAAAUCACGACAAGCGUCGUCUCAAGGCACUUCACACAGUAAACAUUCCAGUACAGGUCAGCUCAUUAAGCCAAUCAGAAAAAGGUUUUGUAUUUAAGGAACCCAGCAGGUUGCAUCGAGUCACUGACUAGUGUCAGAGUCUUUACAGCUAUCCUCAUACUAAGCAAGCAUGUAGCGACAGUGGAGAGGAAAACUCUCUUUUAACAGGAAGAAACCUCCAGAGGAUCCUGGCUCAGUAUAAGCAGCCAUCCACCACGACUCACUGGGGAUGGAGAAGACAGAGCAGACACACACAAACACACACGCACGCACGCACACACACACACACACUCACACACACGCAUUACCUCACAAAUUACAGUGGAGAAUGUAAACAAUCCUUAUGGCGCAGUAUGAGGGCCAAAAUUGAGACUACUGCCCAGCAGCAGGAGGCUAUAUAAAUUUUGAAGCAAACUACCAACCUGAUUAAUGAUAAACUGGCACCGGUAACUGAG